CACCGUGAAGGUGCAUAGAUUACAUUGAUUGAAUUAUUUCGAAACUUAUAUCUGACGUUAGCUAAUCGAACCAGCUUGAGUGAAAACAUUUAACCACUAUUAAAGAGACCAGAAAGGCAUUUUUAGUUACUUUCCUGCAGUUUUUUUUUUAAGUUUCUACAGCCUUUGCGUGUACUAUGGACGGAACAGUGGCGAAAGUUGAUGUGGACGGAUCCACGCGACGCUUCACAAGUGCUUUCAGCGGAGACGAGAGCCGUGACACUGACCACAGCGAGUCACAUACUGACGACGAGCGCUCCUUGCCUCUCAGGGAAUUGUAUCCCUAUAUCCGCUGUGCCCUCUGCAAUGGAUUUUUCAUUGAUGCCACUACCAUCAUAGAGUGUCUUCACACUUUUUGUAAAAGCUGCAUAGUCAAGCAUUUUUUCUACAGCAACAGGUGUCCAAACUGCACUAUUGUAGUGCAUCAGACACAGCCACUGUACAAUAUAAGACCUGACAGACAAUUACAAGACAUUGUUUUCAAGAUGAUUCCAUAUUUGGAAGAAGAUGAAAGGUCACGAAUAUGUGAAUUUUAUAAACAAAGGGGGCUUGAAGUUCCAAAGCCAGUGGCAGUGCCAGCCGUAGGCCAAAUGAAGCCACCUCCGAAACACAGGAAAGACUAUAUACCUCAGUCUGUUUUCACUAUUCCCUCAGAGUUAGAUGUAUCUCUGAUGUUGGAGUUUAUGGGAGCCGAACAGGGCAUUGAGAAUUAUAAGCCUCUUGAGAGGAAGUAUGUGCGUGUCUCAGGGGAAGCUACCAUCCGCCAUGUGGAGCUCUUUAUCAGGAGGAAGAUGGAGCUGAGCCCAAAAUGCAAGGUUGAUGUUGUAUGUGGAGAGCAUCUUCUUGAGCGAUACCAGUCUUUGAGAGAAGUUUGUAACACUGUGGGAAAAAAUGCUUUGCAGAAUGGCAUGUUGGUUUUGCAGUUUGGACUGGUGCUGCCUGCUUAGUGAUGAGAGAAUUUACAGAAAGACCAACUACUGAGAAAUCUGCAAACUACAGUGCAUAGCAAUUUCAUUUCAAGGGCUAAACUGAACUUUAUCAUUAAAGAUGUCCUAUGCAAAGAUUCUUUGUCUUCCUGGUUGCUUUCUAAUCAAAAAGCAAAAUGAACAAUAUGCCAGCGUUGAUUCAGCACAUGCACUUAGAAACUGCGAUGUGCACUGUGAUGAGUUAUUUUCAGCAAACACUGUCAGAUUGAACAAUUGUUGCUAUCAUUUUCACAUCCACAGUCUUUCUUUUGAUGUUGUUUUAUACCUCUGCUAAUGCAAAAAACAAAACAAUAAUUUUGUUCUGUGACCUAAUAUUUGAGAUGCAUUUUAUUGCUUUAAAAUAUCAGUUCUAGGUCAAAUCUAUUGUGGUUCUAACAGACAAAAAGAAGAUUACACUAAAACAUUGUCUUUGUAUAUUAGUUAUUAGGUUUCUCAUUUUUGAGCAUUUGUGAAAGUAUGAAAGGGGUUCAUUGUCACCAUUCAACUGUUCCAGAGGUGUUAAAGACUUUCUGGUUGUUGUCUUUUGUUUGAUGUAAAUCAUUUUGUGCUUAUUGAGCCAUGAUUUGGAUGGUC